AGUCAUGCCUAAGAAGGGUGCUAUGACAGGGAAUUCAGCAACGGUAGAUCCUGUCAAAAUCAAUCAAAUCGUCAGAUGUAUCGAAUGCAGCUAUGUGAACGUAGAUUUCAAACUAAUCAAGGAACUCCUGGGCAUCGCCGACUUGACAGUCAAUAUACCCGGAUACAUACAUAUUCUAGAACAACCAUCGGAGACGUUACAUGUCCUUCGAGUCAUCGCCACAAUUACGGGAAUUGAUCUCAAUCUGUCAAAUAACGGCUGUAGCAAAACGGGUUGGUUUGGACGUGUGCCGUGUACCGAGGAUCAGUACAGACACAGAAGAGUGUCUCUCAAUGAAGUCUACAAGAAGCUCGCACCAACAAGACCCAGGAAUGAACAAGAAUUCUUUCGAAACUUUCUGACCAUGUUAUUUGUGCAGAAAGACAUUGCUGAACAUAAAGAACAUCUCUGUGAUUUUUUGACUGAUUUCGUGGAACUUACCUUACGAGCGAACAACCUAGCAAUUCCGGAAGAUUUCAGAGAAAAGAAAGCACAGGAAAUCAAAACAUUCAUAUUAGAGUUCCACAAGAUUGCAGAAGAUGAGGACAAGAGAAAAGUGAAGCAAGAUGAAACUCAUUUGGUGGAGAAAGUGAACCCUACUUGUUACGAUUAGUUCAAUUUUUGGUGGACA